GCUGAAUUCAAAGUCGUGCUCGCUCAAUCAUAACGAUAGGUCCGCCAGUGACAGGAUACUCGCACGAGUGUCGAGUACAUUCCAAAAGCAGCCUACACUUUGCUGUUGCCUGGCUUUAAAUGCAUUCACCUCACGAUAGCCUCAUUGCCAGCACACGCACCCGCUGUUAUUAUCCCAAUAGAAAGACACCGAUAUCAUGUCCCUCUUCUUUCACAAUCCACGUAUAUCUCACUACCUCCUUCGUUCCUUUCCUCUCUUUAAACAAGCCCCCCUUCACCCGCGAGUUCCCAUUGUAUGGAAACGUGGCAAGUGCAGAUCACUAGGCCCACCUUUACGCCAGUUCAGCACAACACUACUAUCAACGAUUCAUACAACACCACUACGAGGAACAAUCAGGGCUCACAUAACCGUGCUUUCAACAAUGGCGGGCGAAGACGACAAGAGGUAGAAAUAGGACCUUGGAGGGAAGACUCUGAGCGGAACAUGCAACGACAUAAGCCUUACCCAUCCUCGAAGAGUGAUGGAGGCCUAUGGGAAUCUCCAAUUCGAACGGAGCACGAGCCUGCUAUAGGGACGAGUUCAAGUGCACCUCCCGCAUUCAAUCAAUCUCAUUCUACCCAACACCAAUCGCAUAUUUAUUCACGUUCGGUUGAACUGGACAAAGCACGAACUACGGACAAUUGUCCCACUUGUGGGCGACCGUGGCACCCUCAAACGGGUACGAGAGACGUAACAGGUCACUAUGAUGAUGACCUGCAGGAUAACGAUCUUCACCCCCGUCAUGACCAUUACGAAUAUGAUAUUUCCGCCCCGCAACCGCGUUUUGACGAAGUUCCCUCUAUCCAUCGUCCGCGAGAAGCCAGGAGUGGGCGCUCCACGUCGGACUGGCCUUCCGAUUAUCCAUAUACAUUCAUUGACCGUGAUAGGCAUGGUCCGAACACUGCGUUCGACGAUCAAUAUCAACCUCUUCUAUUAAGCGAACGGAACUCUGAUGACCGACCGGCCUCGAGUCAUCACCCCAUACGAGACCCCUAUCUGGAGCGGUACAACACAGUUCCCCAGGAAUCCACGCCUUCCCGACAAUCCUAUACUCCUCGGCUCUCAUCUGAGAGGCUAGUCGAUACUCGCGCUAGGGUAGCUCCUCCUCCUCCUUUACCUCAUCCAAGCGAUGAGCGCUUCGAAGGAGUGCGUUCCUCCCGCUUUCCAGAGGAAACCCCCCAUGUCGUCCAUCAUGCUAAACGCCCUCGCAAGGACGAGCGGAACGUUGCGGUGGAUUACGACAUUCGCGAAUCGGCUACUAGUACUGCUCGUUCUCAAGAUCGAGUCUACAAGAACGAGCGACUGGUUUAUGAUUCGAAUUCUCUUUUCGAAUCUCACAAGCAGGUCUUUUCAUCUCAGUAUCCUAGCGAUACUCAUGCGGCGCAGGACAAGGGGUUUGUGGCUGAAAUUCAACCCACGAUGAAAUCCAAGUACAACCCCUUUCGCCCCAAUCGGGACCACACUACCAACACCGUCGCCAGCACGAGUAUCAGGUCCGCUUCAAGCUUUGGGAAAAAUCCUUUCGCUUCCAACUAG